CUUCCGUCGGCCAUUUUAGGUGGUCCGCGGCGGCGCCAUUAAAGCGAGGAGGAGGCAAGAGUGGCCGCCGCUGCUGCUUAUUCUUUUUUAGUGCARCCAGAGAUAGUGGGAGUGCGCGCCGCACGAGAGUGGGAGGCGAGGGGGGCAGGCCAGGGAGAGGCGCAGGAGCCUUUGCAGCCACGCGCACGCCUUCUCUGUCUUGUGUGCUUCGCGAGGUAGAGCGGGCGCGCGGCAGCGGCGGGGAUUACUUUGCUGCUAGUUUCGGUUCGCGGCAGCGGCGGGUGUAGUCUCGGCGGCGGCGGAGGCAGUAGCACUAUGUCGGAGGAGCAGUUCGGCGGGGACGGGGCGGCGGCGGCGGCAACGGCGGCGGUAGGCGGCUCAGCGGGCGAGCAGGAGGGAGCCAUGGUGGCCGCGGCGCAGGGGACAGCGGCGGCGGCGGCGGCGGGAAGCGGAGCUGGGACCGGGGGCGGAACCGCGGCUGGAGGCGCCGAAGGAGGCAGCGCCGAAUCCGAGGGGACGAAGAUCGACGCCAGUAAGAACGAGGAGGAUGAAGGCCAUUCAAACUCCUCCCCACGACACACUGAAGCAGCGACGGCACAGCGGGAAGAAUGGAAAAUGUUUAUAGGAGGCCUUAGCUGGGACACUACAAAGAAAGAUCUGAAGGACUACUUUUCCAAAUUUGGUGAAGUUGUAGACUGCACUCUGAAGUUAGAUCCUAUCACAGGGCGAUCAAGGGGUUUUGGCUUUGUGCUAUUUAAAGAGUCGGAGAGUGUAGAUAAGGUCAUGGAUCAGAAAGAACAUAAAUUGAAUGGGAAGGUGAUUGAUCCUAAAAGGGCCAAAGCCAUGAAAACAAAAGAGCCUGUUAAAAAAAUUUUUGUUGGUGGCCUUUCUCCAGAUACACCUGAAGAGAAAAUAAGGGAGUACUUUGGUGGUUUUGGUGAGGUGGAAUCCAUAGAGCUCCCCAUGGACAACAAGACAAAUAAGAGGCGUGGAUUCUGCUUUAUUACCUUUAAAGAAGAAGAACCAGUGAAGAAGAUAAUGGAGAAGAAAUACCACAAUGUUGGUCUUAGUAAAUGUGAAAUAAAAGUAGCCAUGUCGAAGGAACAGUAUCAGCAACAGCAGCAGUGGGGAUCUAGAGGAGGAUUUGCAGGAAGAGCCCGUGGAAGAGGUGGUGGCCCCAGUCAAAACUGGAACCAGGGAUAUAGUAACUAUUGGAAUCAAGGCUAUGGCAACUAUGGAUAUAACAGCCAAGGUUACGGUGGUUAUGGAGGAUAUGACUACACUGGUUACAACAACUACUAUGGAUAUGGUGAUUAUAGCAACCAGCAGAGUGGUUAUGGGAAAGUAUCCAGGCGAGGUGGUCAUCAAAAUAGCUACAAACCAUACUAAAUUAUUCCAUUUGCAACUUAUCCCCAACAGGUGGUGAAGCAGUAUUUUCCAAUUUGAAGAUUCAUUUGAAGGUGGCUCCUGCCACCUGCUAAUAGCAGUUCAAACUAAAUUUUUUGUAUCAAGUCCCCGAAUGGAAGUAUGACGUUGGGUCCCUCUGAAGUUUAAUUCUGAGUUCUCAUUAAAAGAAAUUUGCUUUCAUUGUUUUAUUUCUUAAUUGCUAUGCUUCAGAAUCAAUUUGUGUUUUAUGCCCUUUCCCCCCAGUAUUGUAGAGCAAGUCUUGUGUUAAAAGCCCAGUGUGACAGUGUCAUGAUGUAGUAGUGUCUUACUGGUUUUUUAAUAAAUCCUUUUGUAUAAAAAUGUAUUGGCUCUUUUAUCAUCAGAAUAGGAAAAAUUGAGGAAUAUUAAAAAUUUGUCAUGGAUGUUAGCUCAAAUUUGGAAAAUAGCAAGCCUAGUGAAAAUCAAGGACAUGGUUAAAUUUGCAAUGAAAUUUUAGAUGUUUGGCAAAAUCUCAUUUUUGCCACAGCAUGUCCUUGUCCAAAUUGGAAAUUACUUAAUGUAGUCACUUUAUAGGUUGUUUUGAUAGUCCUUCCUUCUGUUGCCAUUACCUUCCCAAAUGUCAUGUUUUUGUGUUUUGGGGUUUUUGUUUUUGCUUAUUAAUAUGUAUUGUGCUUUGUAGAACAACUGCAUAGAAUGCCAGACCCCUUUGCACAGAUAUACUUAAUGUUUUAUGUUUUUUAUUAAAUAAGAAAUAAGGACUUAAUCUGUUCAUUAUAAUAGAGACACAGCUAGUUCAGAGAGGUGUUUUUUUAAAGAUGUAGUGUACUUAACACUUUAYAGAUAUUUAAGUAUGGGGGAUUAAUGGAAUAUAUACAGUGUUUUAUGUGUGUGCAUUCAUUUGCUUGAGUGACUUUUUCCCAUUAGGGUUUUGGGGGGCAGUUAGAACCUUAAGACGACCCUAUUUUAGGAUUUGAAGGUGUACCUGGAAUUUUAAGUCACUCUUGGGUUUUAACAGGAAAUCUAAUUAA